AUGUCAAGUUUCGGCAUGAAAAUUCUUUUACAGAGUAGUCGUUUUCAACUCAUUCAAAAUGCGAUGGAUAUUGAUUUUGAUGAUGAAGUUUCGCCAAUUGCUCUUCAAUUCAUUAACACCCGUUUAGAAUUACUCGAUCAAAAUUGGCAUAAAUUCCAAGAAGAGCACGAAGCUCUCUGUCGUUCAAGUAAUGAUUCGCUGUUUGACCACGAAUAUUUAAAAAAUCGAAUGUUCGAACGAUGUCAGGAAUUUUACAUCCAUGCACGGGCCAAAAUGCUCGCGCGUCGCGAUGAGGUGGAAGGUUCCCUCCCUUCUGUAACAUCUCUCCCUUCCGCUAGAUCCGCAUCUUUUGAUACCGGUCCAUCGAAUAAUGUGUCUCGACGACUUGGUUCUCUUCCUAAGAUAAAGUUACCUCGAUUCUCGGGAGAUCUCUUAGAGUGGAGGUCCUUUCAAGAUUUAUUCUCAUCCUUGAUACUCAUUAACUCGGAUUUAACCGAUGUAGAAAAGAUGCAUUAUUUGAAAACCUCGCUUAGCGGCGAGGCAUUGAAAUUCGUUGUCAAUCUACCGAUUUCCGGCGCUAAUUUUGCUAUCGCUUGGGACACUCUUGUUUCGCGUUAUGACAAUAAGCGGCUUCUCAUAUCGGCACACAUCGAUAGACUUACCAAUUUGAAACCGCUUAAGAAUAAAGCUGCAACGGAACUUAGCUCUUUUCUCGCCACUAUAUCGGAAUCUCUCGGUGCACUACGGGCUCUAGGAUGUCAAAUCGAACAUUGGGACCAUAGU